GUUGACCACACCGAAAUGUGGAGUCAAUCUGAAGUGGAUGCAUCGACAGCGAACGAUGCAACUGCUGAACUUCAAGCACUUAUCGAUGAGAUGCGUCUGCAAGAUUUUGACUCGAUUCGCUUUGCCACCUACAGAGCUGCGUGUAAAUUGCGUUUCAUUCAGAAGAAAACGAAUGGUAAUUGUUUCACAUUCAGCUGCUGUUCAGUGCUUUUUGACGACACUCUUAGAGAUAAAGCAUCCAUUUCGUUCAAAAUCAAUGAAGGCUUUUGUUCUUGUGAAAACUUUUUUCGAACAAUUUUUUUCAUUCGUUCAAGUUCGACUAUGUGCCAUUUUAUCAUCCGUCAUCGAAUCGUCAAUAUCCCUACUCAAAUCGUCAUCCAAUAACACCAUUUACGCAUCCUUUCUUCAUAAAACUCCGAUUGACACACUCCUGAUCAACUGGAUGUCUACUCAGCAAUAUUUCACUGGAACUAAAUUCGAUAAUCUGAAAACAAUUUCAGUGCAUUUGGUUGAUAUUUGGAAUAUGAUCGAAUCGUUUCGAGAAAACGGCUUGAAUGCACUUCCAAUCUCUACUCAGGUUGCCAUUUAA